CUGGCUGAGUGGGUGAGUGUUGGCAGGAAGACACUUUAGCGGUGGGCAGUAGCGGCAUCAGCAGUAGUGAGCCAGGUGGGCGACAGAGGAACAACACAGGAACGCACCAACAGUCGAAGCAACACCACUGUCAAGGCAAGGAAAACAUAGAUGGCGCCACAGAACACCUCGCUGGGGGUGAGGGAGGAGUUGAACGGCGUGGAGGGCGUGGGCAGUGCAUUGGUGGGCGGCGUAACCAUUGACAUCCACGCCUCUACCCACCUCGCCCCUGACCUCUCCUGCCCCGCGUCCACCCCCCUGCCGCCCACUGCUCCACACACCAACAAACCUCCUGCCGCUCCGCCGUCUGCCAAGGAGGACCAGGAAACAACCUGCCUGGUCGACGAUGGAGGCGGGAGUGACGGCGCCUCAACCUCCACCCGGUGUAGCUGCCGGAGCCCCGACGUGGACGGCGGGUGGUCGUGGGUGGUGCUGGUGGCCGCCUUUCUGCAGUUCUUCGUGACUUCAGCCAUAUAUUACUCGUUCAGCGUGUUCUUCGUGGAGUUGCUGGCGACGUUCAAGGAGUCUCGCGCCAGGACGGGCUGGGUCUACUCCUCCAACACGGCGGUAUUCAUGUUCAGCGGCCCCCUCGGCGGCUGGGCGCUGGCACGCUGGGGCACGCGCGCCACGCUAAACCUGGGCGGCCUGCUCGCGGCGCUCGGCUACCUGGGCUCCGCCUUCGCGCCGAACCUCAACUAUAUCUUCCUCUUCUACAGCGUGCUGAACGGCAUGGGCACCAGCUUCACCUUCUCAGGCUGGGUGGUGGGCCUCUCCCAGUUCUGGGUGCGGCGCCACGCCCUGGCGAUGGGCGUGGCCAUGGCGGGGUCAGGGUGCGGCGUCCUGCUGCUGGGCCCUAAGAUGGAGGUGUUGGUGGGUCACUACGGGUGGCGCGGCGCCAUGGUCAUCUGUGCCGGCCUCUACCUCCACCUGUGUGUCUUCGCCUCCACUCUUUAUACAUCCCAGCGGCCGCCGCCCUGCCGCUUCUUGUUGCACGACGGGGAGAAAGAAGAAGCAGGAUCUGAGAAGGAGGGUCCGGCAGCAGAGGCACGGACGGAGAGAGAGGAGCAGCGUCAGAGUCCGAGGCAGGUGCUGUGUUCGCCGGCCUUCUGCCUGCUGGCGGGCUCCUGCUUCCUGAGCACCAUGGCCACCACCACUGUGUUCGCGGUGUUGCGGGACUGGGCAGAGUUGGAAGGACUGGGCGCCGCUUUCUCCUCGGCGCUGGCGGGCAGUGGUGCCGGAGACCUGCUGGGCCGCGUCAUGGCCGGCCUGCUGGUAGGCCGCGGGUGUCAACCGAUGCUGCUGUUCAGUUCAGUUCAGCUGCUGCUCGCUGCCACCAUCGGUUUCGCCGCCACAGCCUCCGUUUCCAGCCAGCUCAUCGCCGCCAUGGUUGGCUUCGGCAUGGCGUGCGGCCUGCACAGCGUGACGUAUGCCCUCAUGCCUUCACAUCUCACGACGGGACAGGGCGUAGGCCACGUGCUGGGUUGCCUCCUCUUCGUGACGGGCAUCGGGGCGCUGGUGGGACCUCCGGUGGUGGGAGCCAUGGUGGACUUUUCUCAGUCUUACGGCGGGGCCAUGCUGCUGAUCACAGUUGCCCCGGCCGCCGCCGCUGUUCUCAAUGUGGCCGCCUUCUGUUGCUUCCGCAUCCGCCUCUGCGGUCUUCGGACUCGGGCAGGCGCGGAUCCCUGAAUCCGCGGCCACUAGACAGUUGCAACGUCGCAACACAGCCACACACCCCACAACCUGCCACAACACUCCCGGGAAGGGGAGGACUGCACGCGUCUCAUCGCGGGUGUUGUCGAGUCUUGGUUUACACACACACACGAGCUUCACGCCUCCGGUCACGUCCGGAGUAUCCAGCCGCGCCAUAACAAGGCUGCAUCAUGCUCGCCAGUCACCCUAUCCAUCACAGGUCACGUUUUAAUUCCCCUCACGACCGCCACCUAUAAAUGUUGAGAAUAUGUUAUUAUGGAUGUUUAGUGCUCGCUGGACGAGGCUGCUCAUCGUGAACCAUCAUGUAACGUUAUAGUCAGUCACCCUAUCCAUCACAGGUCACGUUUUAAUUCCUCUCACGACCGCCACCUAUAAAUGUCGUGAAUAUGUUAUUAUGGAUGUUUAGUACUCGCUGGACGAGGCUGCUCAUUGUGAACCAUAAUGUAACGUUAUAUUUACUUAUUGGAGGAGACAAACGCUCUCUGACCUAGGGCGGGGAGGGCAGCAACUUUGUUAGGUAGUCCAAGCAAUGAACCAACUCCCCAUAAAUUAGAUUCCCUCACGGUCAUCUGAGGAUAAGGUCUCUCUCUCUCUCUCUCUCUCUCUCUCUCUCUCUCUCUCUCUCUCUCUCUCUCUCUCUCUCUCAUACAUUCACACACUCAGUAUUUCACUUACCGACAGUGUUGAACGCAUUCCCUUUUCCUGUAAGUUAUUAGUUUUAUUUAUUUUUAACUUAUAUCAACCGUAUGCAUGUUCACGAACGUGCUCAUUGUCGUACACAUUCUUGACAUCAGUGAUGAUUAUGUUACUUUAAAUGCACUGUGAAGAGGCUGUUGUACAUAUGUCCGCACAUUCAAUACACGGUAAGUUUGUA